CAUUAAACAUAAAAAACUUAGUAAGAGAUUGAUUAAUUUCCUUUGCAUAUUUUAAUUAAUUCUAAGGUUGGUCUUAAUUAAUAUAUUAUGGCUGGGGAAAGAGGUACUGCGAAUAGUGUUGCCGCCACCGCUUUGGUGAUGAUGAUUGCCGUGACCUUGUUGGUUUAUGUGGCUCAAGCAGAUCUCUACAUUGUUGGUGAUAAUGAGGCAGCGGCUUGGGGUUUGCCCUUCGAUUCCAACUGGGUUAACGACAAGAAUUUCAAAGUGGGUGACAUGCUCGAGUUUAUAUUCGACCCAAGAGCCAACGAUGUGAUGGAGGUAAGCAUGAGUGACUACAGUAUUUGCCAAGCCACCCCAGGAAAAAAUGUAUGGAAGGGAGAACCGGCUAUUGUUAACUUAACUACAGCUGAAACGCAUUACUUCAUCAGCAGUAACUAUGGGAACUGCACAAACGGAUUGAAGACUGCGGUCACCACCAGCAACUAAUGCCAAUGGUGGUGGUGUUGACUGUUGUGGUUACUAUAUGGAGGACAUAUAUUAUGAAGAAGCCACUUUAAGUUGCUAUUGGAUGCGUGGCUAUAGGUGCCUAGUACCAUGUACGUUUCACUUAUUUCGAACAGUGCUCUACUCUACUUGCUCCUGAUAUGUAACACUGUAUUAAUAAAAAUAUAUACACUAAUGAAUUGAUUCCAAUACAAGAAGGCUUUGGGUAAUUACUUUCCGCUCAAUAUUAAAUUGUGUAACAACACAUGGAAAAUCACGUGAUGUUGAAAAAUACGGGAGUGCCAGCCUGCGUUAUUAGUGUACAAGUACGAAACUUAUAUGAAAGCAAAUAUAACAAAAGUUUCAUAAGAGAGCGUCACUUUAAUUACCUUUCAAAACUCUUCUGGACACUUAUUUAAAAAUCCUCAAUCCUUUUUCAAACUUCCAUGUCAGUCUCUACAUAAAAAAAUUUACUGCACUCCCUACCUCUCUAAUUAUUCUUCUACUUAACUCCCCUUGUUAAAAUAAAUCAAAACUAAAUUAACUAAUGACAUCAUCCCACUACAACUUAACAAUACACAUUAUUUUAUUAUUUUUUUUCUCCCUCUUUC